GCUCUCUUUUACUCAGUACACGCUGGGACGCGACAGAGUCCACUCUUGCGCAUAAUGCCCGAAUAUAGCCGACCUUGAAUCGGGUCGCAUAUGUUAAAAACCGAACACAACGUUCUAGAAUCAGUUUUAAAUUUGAAUAUGGAAUUGUAGUUUUAAAAAGUGAAAAAUGUUGGGUUUUAAAGUGGGAACGAGACAGUUGAUGAGAUGGAAGGAAUUGCGAUUCGAUCGUGUGAAGUACCAUUCAGGAGUGGGAGUGUUCGGUCAUCGACCGAUGAAAGUGAAUGAUGUUGAUGUUCCCGAAGGAGUACUAACUAAGAGAAACGAGAACUGCCGCGCGCACCGACUAGUGGAAGCUUAUCGAACUCACGGACACCUCAGAGCUACUAUAGACAACGUUGACUACAGGAAUGCAGACAGAACUGUCAAAGAGCUUAGUAUAUCAAGAUAUGGACUCCGUUCUGAAGAUCCUGUGGACUUGGGACUGUUGUAUGGAUAUGAUGGAAAGCAGUCAGUGCAGAGUCUUGUGGAGACAUUGGAGGGCAUCUAUUGUGGACCUAUCUCUUAUGAGUUUAGUUAUUUAGAGACAGAAGCAGAGAGAGAAUGGUUUGCUCAACGCAUAGAGAGUGGCAAAGACUCCAUCGAUAAUGCUCGUAAGAUUGAGAUCGUGAAGGAGUUACUCCACUCCCAGGCCUGGGAUAAGUUCCUCGGAGUAAAGUACCCCACGGUGAAGAGGUACUGUGGGGAAGGCGCUGAAUCUCUUCUUACGUUCUUCUCCAGCCUUUUCAAAUUGACGACGGCUGAAGGAGUAGAGCAAGUAAUCCUAGCGAUGGCACAUAGAGGUAAACUGAAUGCGUUAACUGGUGUACUGAAAUGCCCACCUGUGAAGAUAUUCCACAAAUUCAGUGGUCAACCCGAGUAUCCGCUUGAAGCGAAUGCCGCCUGUGAUAUUUCAACACAUUUAAGUGCUUCAGUGGAUAUAAAAGUUGACGACAAAUCAGUUAGAUUCUCCUUGUUGAACAACCCUUCACAUUUAGAGGCAGCAAACCCAGUGUCAAUGGGAAAGACAAGAUCGAAGCAGCUGCGUUUGAAAGAAGGAGAUUAUUCAGAAGAUGGUUCAUCAAGAUUGGGAGAUAAAGUGCUCAAUGUUCAGAUUCAUGGCGAUGCGGCUUUCACUGGACAAGGAGUGAAUCAAGAAACCCUGAUGUUAUCUCAAGCACCACAUUUCAACGUCGGUGGAUCUAUUCAUGUAGUAGUAAAUAAUCAAGUUGGUUUCACGCUACCGGCACUGAGAGGCAGGUCAUGUCGAUAUGUGACCGACCUAGCGAAAGCUAUAUCCGUUCCCGUCAUACAUGUCAAUGGUGAUCAUCCAGAGUUGGUGGAGAAAGCAACGAACAUAGCAUUUGAAUAUCAACGCAAGUUCCGCAAAGAUGUCUUCAUUGACUACAAUUGCUUCAGACGAUGGGGCCACAAUGAGCUAGACGAUCCUACCUUCACUAAUCCUCUGCUUUAUAAACUUAUUCAUGGUAGAAAAUCAAUCCCAGAUGUCUAUGCUGAAAAGCUGGUGUCAGAAGGCGUCUUGAAAGAAGACGAUGUUAAAGACAUACUAGCGACAUAUACCAGCCAUCUUCAGAAAGAAUACGAGGCAGUUCCUACCUACAAACCUGAGGUAUCAUACUACCAAGAACAAUGGUCGGGGAUGCAGGCAGCGCCCCAUGCCGUCGAGACCUGGGAUACCGGAGUAGACACCGGUCUUCUUAAAGUGGUUGGACAGGCUUCUGUCACUGUUCCUGAUGAUUUUAAUAUUCACCCACAUCUGUCGAAGACACAUGUGAGAAACAGGCUUGGAAAACUAGCUGAAGGGAAAGAUAUCGAUUGGGCGACUGGCGAGGCGUUGGCUUUUGGUUCCCUACUAAUGGAGGGUCGUCACGUGCGCCUCAGUGGUGAGGAUGUGGGUCGAGGCACCUUCUCCCAUCGGCACGUAAUGCUGGUGGAUCAAGAGACAGAAGCUAUUCAUAUACCACUCAACCAUAUCCAUGAGAAGCAGAAGGGAUUCUUAGAAGUGGCCAAUUCGAUUCUCUCUGAAGAGGCAGUCCUGGGCUUUGAAUACGGGAUGGCGUACGACUCGCCGGAUAACCUGUGUCUAUGGGAGGCGCAGUUUGGCGAUUUCUAUAACGGGGCCCAGAUUAUUGUGGACGCUUUUAUUGCGUCGGGUGAAUCCAAAUGGGUCCGCAGCAAUGGCCUAGUAAUGCUCCUCCCUCACGGGUACGACGGUGCCGCAUCAGAACACUCCUCAUGCAGGAUGGAGAGGUUCCUGCAGCUCACGGACAGCAAGGAGACAACACCGGACUCUGAGAAUGUGUGCCUUCAUAUGGCCAACCCCACGACUCCCGCGCAGUACUUCCAUUUGUUGAGGAGACAGGUAGCCAGAAAUUACAGGAAGCCUUUGGUAGUAGUAGCACCGAAAGUACUCCUACGGUUGGCUGAUGCUGUAUCACCGAUGUCAGACUUCGCUCCUGGAACACACUUCAAGAAAGUUAUUGGUGACACCCAAGCCGAUCCUCUGAAGGUAAACCGAGUGAUCCUGGUCAGCGGCAAGCAUUACUACGAGCUGAACAAGGAGAGGGUUCGAGCUAAGAUCGAUGAUGUGGCCAUCGUGAGGGUCGAGGCUUUGGCGCCCUUCCCUCUGCAUGACUUGCAGAUUGAAUUAGCGAAGUUCAAAAAUGCUAGGAAAUUCAUAUGGAGUCAAGAAGAGCAUCGGAACAUGGGAGCUUGGAGCUUCGUUAAGCCACGAUUUGAAAAUCUCUUGGGCAGAAAGUUAAUUUACGCCGGGCGAGCUGAAGCCCCUACCCCAGCAGUUGGAGCCUCCGUGUUACACAAAGCUGAAGUGGAACAUGUGUUGAAAGAACCCCUUUAUAAUAUCAAGUAAUUUAUUAAAGAAAUAUUUAUGUUAUUCUGUCAUUAAGAGAGCUCUUGCUUUUUUUAACUGUGCAUUUAUUACAUCAUUGGACGUUAUCGCGAUUUCUUAUGUAAGUUGUUACGUUGUAAAUAUUUGUAUUUAUUUUCAAUUGAUUAUUGAUUAUAUGAAUGGUUCUUA